AUGGCCUCUGGGAGCCACAAUGAAAAGCUGCACUACCAGCGUAGAAGGUAUACUGUUGCCGAGCUUCUGGUGAUGGGCAAAACACUACCAUUUGUUUGUUGUCCCGUGGCCAAUUUCAAACCAGUGGCCUGGACAGAGAAUAUUCUCAUCACAGUGGCCCCAACCAGCAAUUCUAAUGAAAAACACAAGGCUAGGAUGAUCGCUACAAAGCUUGGUACCCAUCGUCCCAGUAACCUCAUUAACAGCCGCCAGGAGCAAGAAGCCACCGAACGCCUUGUCCCCAAAAGAAAAGCUUCUCUGCGUGGAACAAUCGCGAAACAACAGGCGCUUGCUACAAUCCCCGAGGUCCCGACGCCAAAGUCAAUCAUAGCUACCGAGGCUCCGAUGCAGCCGGUUUCUUUGGAUUAUAGGCUCUCGGGUGGCUACGGGAAGAAUAUCGAGAUUGAAAAGGGUCAGGCAAAUAAUGUUGGGUUGACGACCAGCAUGCAUGCAUUUGUUCCCGGCGGGACACUCAAGACCCCUCCUAUGACUGCCCUUAACGCGGGUGACCUGAGGGACUGGGAGAUGGGAGGAAAUACACUCGAUCACAGAAUGAACACUCUUAGUCUUGCUGAUGGACUUGGGCUACAAAGGGCGAGCUCCAAUGCGGAAAUUCUUCCAAGAGCGUCGAAUCUUAGCUUCUCCACCAAGCAGAAAUUGCCUGCAGAGAACGGGAGGGAGAAUGUCAGAACUGUAUCGAUGACAACAGCAGCGGCAAACCAGACUGUCAAGCAUAAGAAUAAUCUUUCCAACGGAACUUUUCUCCCUACUCCAAGAAACCUCAUGAAUGAGAGGUCUAGCGGUGACGAGCAACGUGCUUGGAUCGAUUACAUGCUGGCCAGGCCCAUCAUGUCCGCCAGCCGAUCAGCCCCACAGAUCAAGGAACCUCUUGGUGCUAGUAUCGAUGAUUUCGUCGAUCCUGACCGUUUUAAACCACUAGACGAUUUCUACCUUGAUGGGAUUAAUUGA